AUGCAAAAAAAAAGGCGUUAACAUGCUAUCUACUACUACUUGGCAUCCACCACUGGUGGUACGCAAAAAUCUCCUGGCCUCACACCAUUCCUAAAUAAAGAAAGCUCCUGCCUCACACUCCAUGACACACAAAGCAUCGACCUCAGCAGCAGCUGCAACAUCUAUUCGAUCGCCUCGUCCCUCUCCAAACCAAUCAAGAAGUUAGUCAGCAAUGGCUCUGAGCAGAACCGCGAUGAGCGUGUCUUUCCUCGUCGCCGUCGUGGUGGCAGCCGCAUCGGUGCCGGCGGCUACCGCUCAAGCCCCAUGCGACAGCGCUUGCCGUCUCAAGGCGGCGGCGGAGGCUUUCACUGCCGCCCCGCCCACCGAGAAGGCCGCCGCGGUCGAGAUCUUGAGCAACAAGACUGAAGGUGCCGUCUCCUCCGCCGAGUCCGCUAACCAGGCUGCUGGGCUGGCCACCCACUGCCUAGACGACUGCAACAAGCUCUGCGGCGCAGGCAAGAAAGACCUCGCGUGCAGCGCAAGGUGCGAGACCAUCUGCCGCGUCGAAGUCGAGAGCCUCUCCUUCGCCGCCGACGUGUACGCCAAGAGCUCGGCGUCGGAGAAGACGGCCGUGAUUCAAGCCAUCGACAAGCAGGCCCGCCAGCCAAGCGACAAGAUCAACGCGAUCGCUGCCACCUGCAUCGGCGACUGCGGCAAGUUCUGCGCUGAGGGCAAGAAAGACCCUGCGUGCGCCACCAUUUGCGAGGACGGUUGCCGUGGCAGAGCCGUGAGCGUUGCCUUCGCUUUGGCCACUCCCGACAAGAAAGAGACCAUCAAGAAAGACAUCGCAGCCGUCGCAGGACUUCCCUAAUUAAGGGCUGGGAUUGCGUGAACAGAGCCCUGUCCAGCAAAGCGUUCACACAUGCAAUGCAUGCUUCGUUAAAUGUUUGCUUCUCUUUUUUGGAGUUGAUUUUUUUAGGCACUAGUACUUGUGUAUUCAGUUUUCUAAUGUGGAUUUCCUAAUUAUCAUCUCGAUAAAAGAUUAUACAA